GGGAUGUGAACUGUGAAUGCCCGACGAUGCGGAUGCUUUACCGGAUCGCGAUGCACAUCCUAAGUCCUAACCUCGUCCUCGGCCUAGGAAUACACAAAAAUGGAGAAUCGCCGCCGCGCCACCGGAAAUAAGCGGCGGAGACGUCGCCAUUCGCCCGCCUCUGACGAACGCAGGUCUGGCCUCCGUGACUCACUUCUCCGGGCAUCCCUCGACCGCACCAAUAGAAAUCAGCGGCGCCGGCCUCCCGCCUCUGACCGUACCAAUCUAGCCGCGUCUCAAUCCCUCGCCGCCGAGGACCUCUGGUCCGACUUGCCAGAUUUGCUCCUCCUUUCCGUCCUCGACCGCCUCCCCUCCCUCCGCGACCUGUUCUUAGUUGCUUCCGUAUGCCGAUCGUGGCGCUCCGUCUUCCGCUCCUACUUCCCGUCCGCCUCGUAUGGCCGUCCGCCUCUCCUUAUUCUCCCAUGUGUCGAACCCGAAGCUUACCAGUGGAUCGAACCUCCUCGAUGCCGCCUGAGGUCUCCUUCCGGACCCUUUUCCAGCGGUCGCUCUAUGGUCCCUUCGGAGACCCUCUACCUGACCCUUCUUGGCUCUUCCUACGGUCAGCUCAUCUUCGGCAACCGCGUUGGUGUUGUGGUGGCCGACGCAUUCACCGGGGAGGAGCUCCGCCCGCCCAUCCUCCCCGAGUCCCACCGCUUCUACUUCGGAGCCUUAACUGGUCCUCUUUCAUCCCCAGGUUCCCAUCUCCUUUUGUGCGACAAGCAGAGCCUAUUCCUGUGGCAAGUUGGAAGCAGCAGCUGGAAAGAAUGCUCCUUUGAACAGCAUCAUUUCUUCAUAAUUGGUGUCAUGGCUUUCAAAGACAAUAUUUUUGUGUUGAGCAGUAGCGAAACACUAUACUCUCUGCAGUUUUCCCCCUCUUUCGGCGUGAAAGAACUCACAGUGCCGUGGUGCGGGGAAAGCUCUAGCUGGGCAGUGGCUUUUGGAUCCUGUAGCCGGAUGGUUGAGUGCGACGGCAAGCUCAUGCUGAUACGCUUUGUUCCAUUUGGGGAUGAAAUAGAUUUGUGUUUUGCUGUGUACUCCUUGGACUUCUCGGGGCAGCCGACAUGGUCGAAGGUGGAUAAUUUGGGAGAUUGGGCAUUGCUCGUUGAUAUGAAGAGUAACUUUUCAAUAUCUUGCGCCCAUCCAGGCAGGUGGGGAGGAAGGAGCAACUGUAUUUAUCAUGUUGACCGUUUGUUUGAUCAUUGGCAUGAAUUUCCAUUGGAUGCUCCGACUAGGAACAUCGCCGAAGUAGAACAUCCGUUUGACUUCCAUAAUCUUAGCUUAAUGAACUGGCCUUCUCCAAUUUGGGUUUAUCCAAGCAUGUUAUAUUGAGACCUUCCAUAGAAUAUCAGAUGAUGGGCAUACUGAUCACUGAGUGUACUUGUGUCGAGGGAAGCCUGAAGGAUUACAGCAGUUGGAAAACCUCUGGUGUCCAUGCAGACGAUGGAGUUUAUAGUUCUUUGUAGUACGGACAAUAAUUUUUCUAGAGCACUCCACGCCCGCCCCAGAGCAGUUGGAAGGGAGAUAAAUCUGUGCCAAUUAAUACAUGUUUUAGGGAGAGUUCGUUUUUUCUACUGGCUCAAAAUGUUACCUAUAGUCAGCACAUUGUCAUGCUCUUGUUGGACCAUGUGGAUGAUAUAGUUGCAUGUUAAUCCUUCCUCGUAUCCAGUUUUAUA